GAGCAGCUAAAGAGAUAGCACUUCAUAAAGACCCUGCUUUAAGCUGGCAGAACCUUGGUCAUACUGCUUCAUUAAAGAUUGCUGUCCCUUGUCUGUUUCAAAGGAUCACAACACAACUUCAGAGGAUGCUGGUGUUGUGUGACUUCCCAAAAAGUCUGUAUGAAAAAUUUGUUAAUUUUUUUCAGUCCAUCUCACUUCCAUGUCACUGUUUUGGCUUCUCAAACAGCUUGAAUGUUGUGCCAUGGGACCAUGUAUUACUGACCACUGUUUUAAAAGGCCAGAACAUCACUGGUCAAAGAACACAGAAAGGAAGAAAAGUAUUUCUGUGGGAAGCGCUCCCUGUUAUAGAGGCUCGAGUGGAGAAAUUGGUAGACAAAAUGAACUAUAAAGAAGUUGUUCGCUACCUGAGAGCUGUGAAAUGCAACGAUACCAAAGGGUUAAGAGACCUUCGAGAUAAAAUCCCAUUCUAUUUGUGUAAAACCGGAGACUUCCUUGAUGCUGCACAUUCGCUGUUGUUUCCUGUCAACAGCCUUGCGUGCUGUACUGCCUGCCGGAUAACACCGUUCCAGUUUGAGGUCUACCUGAAGAUGUUCAGAACAGGCAGUGUGCCCACUGGAAAGGAUAUGCUAGACUCUGGGCCCUGGAUUACAGUUGGGUCUCCCUUGAAAGAUGGUGUUCUAAUUAAGCAGGCGCUCAAACUCCUUUACAGCAAUGUGUCACUAUACAGGAAUCCUAAAUGCUGGAGUUCCCUCAUCAUGAUUUUGGGUAGUAGCAGUUUGCUGGAAAAAAGUGGGCACCUACAUCCCCUAUCCCUGAAAGAGCCACCACUUGACUUCCAAAAGGGGGUGCUCGCUGCCAGUGGUGGCCUUUUGGAGGAACUGAAGGCAAAAAUUAAUGUUUCUUUACCAUCUGCUAUUUUCUCUCCUCAUAAUAACUUCUGGGCUCUGAGACUGUUAUUGGACCAUCUUUCCUAUGAAGAACAUGUUCUCCACGGCACCGUCAACCUGAUUUUGAGAGAUCUAAAUCGUCAGAAAGCAACAAUGCUAAAAUUGUGGCAAAACCUUGGUCCCCAGUACGUGGGUGAAUUCCUUUGCCUGUUCCUGACAUGCAGACAUAAGAAGAUGCAAUCCAUUGGCCUGUUCACUCUGAAUAUUAUUACAGAGAACCUGCAUAU